AUGAAACGCCCUAAUUUGUUCGGUCUAGUUAGCGUCCGAAGUGAAGAUGACGACUCAUAUUCUCAAAAUGGUAGUAGUAAUACAGAUCAUUCACAAACUAUUAAUAAGAAAAAUGAUAUACAGAUAGAUGUCACGUCAUACUCAAGAGACCAGAAUAAUAAUCGUAAAAAUAGUUCCGAUGACGUAAUUAAAUCAUAUAGCGAUGGUGAAACACCCGAGACUAUUGAUUUAGAAAAAUCAGAUCUAGAACCAACAGAAUUGGUAUUACAACAAGGUCUGAGUUCAAGAGCUGUUCAAUUCAUCGCUUUGGGUGGUGCUAUUGGUACAGGUCUUUUCGUCGGUACAAGUUCAGGUUUAACCCAAUGUGGUCCCGCAGGUUUAUUUACUUCCUAUAUUAUUAUGGCAUCUGUGCUGUAUCCUAUUAUGAAUGCAUUUGGUGAAAUGGUAUGCUAUUUGCCUGGUGGGAGAGGUAGAAGUUCUCAAGGGUCUGCCGCUUAUUUAGUCUCGAAGUACGUCGAUAAAUCUCUAGGUUUCGCUACAAGUUGGAAUUAUUAUUAUUGUUACGCAAUCUUAGGUGCUGCUGAAUGUACUGCUGCGGCAGGUGUUGUAGAAUAUUGGACUUUGAAGAUUCCCAAGGCAGGUCUUAUUUCGAUAUAUAUUUUCGUCAUUGUAUUAUUAAAUUUUGGUCCAGUUAGAAUCUACGGUGAAACUGAAUUUUGGUUCGCUAUUACUAAGAUCAUUUGUAUUCUAGGUUUAAUCAUCUUAUGUUUCAUCUUGUUUUGGGGUGGUGGUCCAAAACAUGAUAGACUGGGAUUCCGUUACUGGAAAGGUGACCUAGCAUGGGCUAAUCAUUCUGCUCCAGGUAAUACAGGUAGAUUUCUAGACGUGUAUACUGGUAUCAUCAAAGCAGGUUUCGCCUAUAUUUUAGGACCAGAAUUGGUCUCUUUAACAAGUUCUGAAUGUCAGGAUCAAAGAAGAAAUAUAGCUAAGGCCUCCAGAAGAUUUGUCUACCGUUUAAUCAUUUUUUACUGUUGCAGUGUCCUGGGUAUUAGUGUCAUUGUAUCUCGUAAGGAUCCAACCUUGUUAACUGCUCUAAGUGCUAAUAAAGCAGGGGCUGCAUCAUCUCCUUUUGUCAUUGGUAUUAUUAAUGCAGGUAUUCCAGUUUUACCUCAUAUUAUUAAUGCUUGUAUUAUGUUAAGUGCAUGGUCUGCUGGUAACGCCUAUAUGUUUGCUGCUUCCAGGUGUUUAAUGACCAUGGCAAACGAAGAAGGUGCCCCAAAGAUCUUUGGGAAAAUCAAUAGAUUGGGUACCCCAUAUGUUGCUGUCGGUUUCACCACAUUAUGGUUUUGUUUGGCUUAUCUAAAUGUCAGUUCUUCUUCUGCAGAUGUCUUUGCCUGGUUAUCCAAUAUCAGUACCAUCUCUGGGUUCAUCGGUUGGGGUGUCUCUUGUAUCGCUUAUUUGAGGUUCCGUAAAGCUAUUAUCUACAAUGGUCUGACCGACAGAUUACCAUUCAGGGGACCCUGGAUGCCUUAUACUAUUUGGUACGCUUUGAUAUGGGUUAUCAUUUUAUCCUUAACUAACGGUUAUCAGACAUUCAUGAAUGGCUACUGGAGUGUCUCUGAUUUCAUAGCUGCUUAUAUUACAUUGCCUGUCUUUUUUACAUUACUAAUCGGACAUAAACUAUACACUAGAACAUUCUUCACAUGGAAAUGGUAUAAACCAGUGGAACAAAUUGAUGUGAUAACAGGUCUUGACGAGAUAGAAGAAAUUACAAAAGAGAUCGAUGAGAACAGGGUCCCACCUAAUUCCUGGUGGGAAAAGGUUCUGGAUUGGUUAAUUUGA